AUCCAGUACUGGGAGCAAUCGCAUCCCAUGGGGAAACGGAGGGAAAAACAAUAUUCACAGCCCUUGUAGGUCCCCAGGGUCACCCGUCCCCUCACAUGCCACCCCCUCAUGGCGCAGGGGGGUCCUGCCCUGUGACUUCUCCCCAACUCCCGGCGUGAAACGGGGAGAAACCGGGUGUGGAGGCCGGACCGGGGGAAGGGGCUCAUCCUUCCCCCGGAGAAGGGGGUUCAUCCCCGGGAGGAGGGAUCGGGUGCGGCAGCUCUGCGCGAGGCCGGCGGAGAACCGUGAGGAGAACGCGGGGGGGCGGACAUGGCGCCUUGCCGCGCGCGAGCGCAGCGGCGAUGGAAGCGAGUCCCAUCGUGACGUCCAAGCAGCGGGAGGAGGUGGUGCACGGGGUGCCGACGGAGGUGGUGUGCACGGCCUUCUCCAACUCCGUCCUCGUGGUGGUCACACAGUACGGCAAGAUGGGGACCAUCGUCUACGUGGACCCCAACACCAUCGGCGACAACGUGGGCAGGCCCUCGCUCACCACGAAGGUGCUGCUGGGCAAGGAUGAGCCCCUCGUUCAUGUCUGUGCCAAAAACCUGGUGGCAUUCGUGUCACAGGAAGCUGGGAACAAACCUGUUCUCCUCGCCAUGGCUUUAAAGGACAAAACCAUGGAAGGAAUACAGGCUCUACGAGAAGUGAUCCGGAGUUGCCAAGUGUGGUGAAGUUGUGCCAUCUGGAUUCAAGGAAAUGAUCUUGAGCCCAUGACUCAUCACCACCUAUUUAAAAGGACUAGAAAUGAAAAUGAUGGAAUGUC